CAUCCAUUAUUAUAAUUGCUAAUUUAGUUGGGUUCAUCAAUCAGCACUCUGUGGUGGGCAUCGAUAUCUGCGGACACGUGCAUAGUUUAACACUUUUCUUGGUCAACAUGGCUGUCGGUUUGAUUUUGGGGGUCGUUCUCGUCGUUCUGUUCGCCCUUUACCAUUUUAUGACCAAUAAACCGAAGGAUUUUCCUCCUGGACCCUGGAGGUUACCAUUUGUUGGUGGGCUCCUUUCUUUGGGAAAUCCUCCACAUCAAGGUCUUCGCCGCCUUAUUAAAAAUUACGGGAAGAUAUGCGGCAUUCAUGUUGGAAACUACCCGGCAGUGAUUCUGAGUGAUCUGCAAAUGAUAAAAGAUGCAUUUCGAGACGAUCAUGUUUCCGCUCGGCCUCCGUUGCGCCCAUUUCUUGAACGGAGUUGGGGUCACAGGAAAGGUCUUAUUUUUGGAUCCGGAACUGAAUGGUCUGAACAGCGCAAGUUUGCCAUCAGUGCGUUUAAAUCGCUAGGAUUUGGAACGAGUCGUGCGGAAAAGGAAGUAUUGGACGAGGUCAUUCAAUUGAACAAACUUCUCGAGAAGGAUGUCGGAGUUCCCAUUUCUGUCAAUCAAAAGUUUCAUGUAGCAGUUAUCAACACUUUGUGGCAUAUCGUAGCAGGGUCACGGUUUGAGUAUGACGACCCUGAUUUGCACACGCUGAUUAGGAUGACAGGUCACGUGGUACGAUUUAGGUCCCUUGAUUCCGACUCGUUCAUGCCCAACAUACUCUUCUUCAUGCCCUGGCUGACCCGUUUAGCUCCAAAGUUGUCGGGCUGGGACAACUUUCUUGCCAGCUUUGUCGCAAUUUUUCCAGUCCUUCAAAGAUUCAUUGAUGAGCACAAGAAAUCCUUUGAUCCCAACAGUCCACGCGACCUUAUUGACAUUUACCUUCAAAAGAUUGCGAAUACGGAUGACAAGGAUUCCAGCUUUUUUGGCGAACUUGGCGAGAAAUCAUUGCUCAUCGUAUUGCUCGACUUGUUCGUGGCUGGGGGUGAGACAGCAUCCAGCAAUUUGACCUGGGGAUUCCUAUUCCUUGCCUCGUACCCCGAAGCGCAAGCCAAGGCACACGAAGAGAUUGACAGGGUCGUUGGAAAAAGCCGUCUCCCAUCAGUUGCAGAUCGUCCAAAAAUGCGGUACACUGAGGCGUUGAUAAACGAGGUCUUGAGAAUGGUAACGAUCGGUGCAAUGUCAAUAUUCCAUUCCACGACCGAGAAGAUUUCCAACUUUCAUGGCUACACGCUUCCGAAGAAUUGCAUUGUGUUUGGCAAUUUGUGGGAGGUCCAUCACGAUCCAGGUCUUUGGGGUGACCCAGAAAACUUUCGCCCAGAACGAUUUCUUGAGAAUCCUGAUGCGUCUGUGUACGUUUUCUCCACUGGGAAACGUGUAUGUCCUGGAGAGUCGCUAGCAAGAGACGAAUUAUUUUUAUUCACUUGUGGUCUCCUGCAACGUUUCAAAUUUGAGCUGGAUCCUGCCUCACGAGCGCCGUGUCUUGACCCCAUGCGAGCUGCGGUACUCCGCUCGCACGAUGCAAAACUUAUACUUCGGCCACGCUAUUAGAGAUUGAUUAUUUAUACUGAUUUUGAAAAUUAGUAAAUGAAAUUCUUAUACUUCUUAUAA